CUGAGGAGUCCGCUGCCCUGAAGAAAGACUAUGCGCAGCAGGAACUCCCGGCCACCUUUGGUGCUUAUCUCGAACGAUUCUCCACGGGUGAUGCCCGCCGCAGCGAGGGGGUCAAACUGCUCGACCAGGAUCCAAGGGGCAAAAAAUUUAAUGACUCCCUGGCCCGAUCUCUUUAUGUCAUGGGCUGCCAGCAUAUUAUGGCCCCCUUUAUUGCCAAACUGCAAGAAUUCCUAGGGAGGCCGGUCGAGCUGGCUGAUCUUCCCCAGGCGCCCAUCGUUGAAGCCCAAUACGAAAAAUAUCAACGGGACUUGCAACGGGCUGCUGAUCGUGAAGCGGGGAGGGAGCCUGAUCCCCCCACUGACUCAGACGAGGAGGAGGGUGAUGAAGAAGACACUAGGGAGGAACAGUAGAUUUAGAAUUUAGUAUUUUU